ACUAAAACCGCAGAUCAACCCUUUUUCUAGAGGUGUGACUGCAGGCGCUCUUUAAAGGGACUUUUCUGGGUUGUUUCUGCAGAUGGUGAGUUCUCUCUCAACAUGCUCUGCAACGUGAACGGAACCAUUCUGAUCAGUGUGCUGCCUCCUGUGAUCCUCACAGAGUUUGCUUUUGGAUUCGUGGGGAAUGGGCUGGCUCUGUGGAUCUUCUGCUUCCACCUGAGGCCCUGGAAAAGCAGCACGGUCUUCCUCUUCAACUUGGCCAUGGCUGAUUUCCUGCUCAACGUGGCUCUGCCGCUGCGUGCCAGCUACUAUUUCUCUGGUCUGAACUGGAAGUUUGGCCUGACGGGCUGCAACGCCUGCCUCUUCAUGCUGGCUAUGAACCGCAGUGGAAGCACCUUCUUCCUGAUGAUCAUCGCUGUGGACAGGUACAUGCAUGUGGUGCAUCCUCAUCAUCCCUUCAACUCUCUGAGCGUGAAGAAGGCUUCUGUAGGAGCACUGGGAAUAUGGUUCAUCACCAUCUUGGUGGAUGCUCCCAUCUUUGCUUUGCAGCACAGAAACACCACCUACUGUGAGAGCUUCAACACGGAUGUGGACCCCCAACACGGUCUGACCUGGCAUGAGUUUAUGUUCCUGUGCUCCUUCUUCAUCCCGUUGCUGGUAAUCCUUUAUUGCACAGUCCACAUCGUGGUCCAGCUGAGGAGGAGACAGCUGGCUCAGAACGCAAAGAUCCGCAAAGCUCUGUACUUCAUCACCGUUGUUGUGGUUAUCUUCUUCAUUUGCUUCCUUCCCAGCAACAUCACACUACUGAUCAUCUGGAUCAGGUCCAAAAAGGCCUCCUCUGCCACCCAGGUGUGUCGUGCAUCAGAGGAGCUGGCCAUCACCUUCUACGUCGUCAUCACCCUCACCUACCUAAACAGCGCCCUGGAUCCUUUGGUCUACUACUUCUCCAGUCCGGUCUUCAAGAACAUCUGCAGGAAAGUUCUUCGUUUGUCUCCAGAUGAAAACACAGACGGAGCCGAGAAGAAAACGAGGGAGACCGGUUCCCAGUCGCUCAGUCAGCUUUAAAACACCAGGACCCUUCAUCUGGAGUCUGCCUCGCCAUGGAGCAUGCUUCGGUUCUGCUGGAGGGGUCCGGUCCAGGAAAGCCUUUUCGAUAUCCUGCUUUGUUUAUUUUUAUUUUUUGGUCCAGAUGACUGAAUGUGGCACUGAUAAGAACACGAUGCUGCAGGGCUGGACUCUUCAGGCUUCCUCAUUUAGUUUUCAUGCUGCACGUCAUAUGAACGACUUCUUAAUGUGAGGUUAACAGGAAUCAUUUAAGCUAAUUAUGUUUCAUCUGUGAAAAGACGAAGAAAGAAAAAA